AUGCCGCCUUACAGGACAGCUGAAACAGCUUCCCUACACUCACAGCGUCUUCCUAUUGACGUUCCGCGUCCCAUAAAGCCACGACCUCGGCCAUCUCUGAAGUUGCACACAAGCGCCGAAAUGCAUGCCCGUACGCAAAGCAUGAACGUCACCUCCGCCCUUGGAUCGCAGAGCCUGCACCUGGAUAUCCCGAACCACUCGACGCAGUAUGACUACGGCAACGAGACGGCCCGACCCACAUCGACGAACUUCCUCACACCACGCCGACCACGCGCGCUGUCGAAGUCCGUCUCACUGGACGACGUGCGGUCCGCUAUCAAGAGGUUUGACUCCAGCUCAAGCGACGAAGAUUCCAGUCUGGACGGCUCGCCCCAUGGGGAUUGGUCGGAUGAUGUGCUUCACGCCUUUGCACGGUUAGGUGAAGGCGUCGGUGGAGCUGUGCACGCAGUACGGGAUAAGCGGACGGGCAAAUGCUAUGCGCGCAAAACCAUUGUCACCCGCGGCAGCCCGUUGAAGUAUGUGCUGCGCGAGCUAUCCAUCAUCUCUACGCUUGAACAUGUCAACAUCACUGGAUUCUACGGCGCAUACAUGUCACCCUCAUCGAGCGAGGUGAAGGUACUCAUGGAGCUGUGCGAGGGGCGUAGUCUGGAGGAUGCGGGACUUGAGAUCCGACGGCGUCAAGGUCGGGUCGGCGAAAAGGUCGCUGGGAGAGUUGCAGAGGGCGUUCUUCAGGGGCUGUCUUAUCUACACACCAAACACUUUAUCCAUCGCGACAUCAAGCCUUCGAAUAUUCUCCUCACGCGGAAAGGAGUGGUGAAACUCUGCGACUUCGGCGUCUCCGGGACACUUGUCAAAUCCGUAGCACAGACCUUCAUGGGCACGACUUGCUAUAUGGCGCCUGAGCGGAUAUCGGGCUCUGACUACGGUAUUCGUGCCGACGUGUGGUCGAUGGGUCUCAGCGUACUCGAACUCACACAGAACGAGUUCCCGUACCCGCGAGACCUCGCACCCUUCGAACUCAUGCUACACAUCAGCCAGAGUACGCCUCCGACUCUAGAAGAUGAUCCGACGCUCUCUACUCCAUGGAGUUCUGCCAUGAAGGACUUCAUCGCGCUAUCCCUGACCAAAGAUCCCCAUCAUCGACCGACGCCCAAAGAGCUUUUACAUCAUCCAUGGAUUGUAGACAUUGCCCGGCGCAAGGUCAACAUGGCGAGAUGGAUCAGUGAGGUUUGGAACUGGGGCACUAGUAGUACGGCAUAG